UAAUGUAUCAACACAGUUUUACGUAUCAGAGUUCGUAAUUUAUUAUGUAUCGAUUACCUUGCAUAUAUACGAAGUACGUGUCUGUAAUAACAUGUUAAUAUGUAGAACAUUACAAACCCCUGUGACAUAAAAUAUAUUUUAAUGACGUGAGGAAAUACAGAUGUUGUUUAAAACGUUGCAAAUCCCUGAGACUUGGUAAAGCAUUUGGAUUUGAAGGAAAAUUAUCUCUUAUACCUCGGAGUAUCUAAGAUGUAACAAAUCCAUGCGACUUAGCCGAACAUGGUGUCACUGAAGAAAAAACCCGCCAGCACACGAGGACAGCUUAAAUAUAAUUUAAUAUACCAGCAAGCUACAGGUCUUGCAACUCGCAGAUAACUCGUGUGCGCAGAUUUUUAUACUUGUAAACAGUGCAGUGACAAAGACACGAUGAUAGUUUUAGUUUGGGAAAUUUUCCUUGCCUCGCCUCAGUUUAUCGCUCCAUCGAACCAUCUCAACCAGGCCCUGUUUUACAGUACAAUGGCGAUGGCGCUCAUUAUAAGAGGACACCACGGGGGCGAUACCGUUCACAGCCUCACACACCGCGUCAUCUACUUGUCAAAACGUGAAUUGUGGAAACGUCUGAUGGGUAACAGGAACAAUCACGUAACAGGGAGGAAGCCAGGGAAAUAUGGGUAUGGACGUAAGCGACACGGAAGUUACAGGAAAAAAUAUGAUAGAAGGGUAAAAUUGUACCGGAAGUUACCUCUGACCUUCAUGUCGAGGGCAUGGGGCAAGGUCAGUCAGCUUAACCUUCACCCCGUGCUCCGGCGACCGUUAUUGGGGUUCUACGUGUGGUUGUGGGGUGUGGACCUGGACGAAGCUGCCGAUGAAAAUCUGAACAAUUAUCGGAACUUGAGCGAAUUCUUCCGCAGGCAGUUGAAACCACACGUGCGACCAGUGGACGAACAUCAUAGUCUGACUUGUCCAUGUGAUGGUAGAGUACUACAUUUUGGCGAGGUGGAAAACGGGAAGCUGGAACAAGUGAAAGGGGUGAUAUAUUCUCUUCAAGACUUCCUCGGACCCUUGCCACGGAAAGAGGGAGACGAACGCGUUUUAUCCGACGAAUAUGAAUACGUGUUAUCCGAUGAAAAAUACUCUAAACAUUUAAAGAUAAAAAGUGACAACUAUCUGUAUCACUGUGUGAUAUACUUGGCGCCAGGGGAUUACCACAGAUUCCACUCAGCUGCAAACUGGACGGUCGAGCACCGGAGACAUUUCCCGGGCGACCUGUUGAGUGUCAGUCCACACGUGGUCCGAAGGGUAGCUGGUUUGUACAACUACAACGAGAGGGCGGUAUACACGGGGAAGUGGGACUACGGUUUCUUCAGUUACACGGCCGUGGGGGCAACCAACGUGGGCUCCAUCAAGACCUACUGUGACGAGGAGCUGCAGACCAACAUAUAUCAACACAAAGGGGAAAAAUAUCGGGACAAGAAUCUCUGUGACCAAGACAACAACGGCUUGGGGAUAAAAAAAGGAUCCAUGUUUGGAGAAUUCAACUUUGGGUCCACUAUUGUACUGGUGUUUGAGGCACCUAAAAACUUUAAAUUCCGUCUGAAAGAGGGACAGAAGGUUAAAUUCGGACAACCCAUUGGAGCGGUUUCAGAAUUUACAAAGUCAACACAAAAUCUACUUAACGAGGGAUAGCAGUGAAUUUCCAGUUAUUAGCAUUACACAUAACAUCGCCAACGUAUUUAUUUUGGUGUUUGUGAAUAAAAAGUCUUUCGGGAUAUUAAGUUAUAACGAUGUUCCGGGAUGUUAAAUUGUAACGGUUGUAUAAAUAUAUAAUUGUCUAACUUAAAAAAAAUGUUCGUAUUUGUGUUUUCAAAUGAAAUGUCUUCCAGAAUAUUUAGUUGUAACGGUGUUCGGAAUAUUAAAUUGUAACGGUUGUAUAAAUGUCUAAUUGUCUAACUUUAAAAGGCGAACAUUUUUAAGUCUACAUACGUACUGUUUAAACAAGCACAUGUAUGUUCUGAUUUCAAAAUUGAAUACGAUUUCAGAGGAUGACGUUACAAUUUUUUUCUUUUUCUAGUGUGUAUAAUGAGUAAAUGGUAGAUUAUACAACUAAAUAUGGGUAAUUUCUUUUUACAUCAAUUUCACAGAAUCAUGGAGAUUCAUCAUCAAUGUUUAUUAUGACAAUAGACAUAUAUUAUCUAUACCGAUUGCGAUUUUCUUUUUAAAUUCCUCCUGUUGAAAGAUAUUGCUUGUAGUAAACAUUUUAGCAAGAAUGAAAGUAGAUUCAUUUUAGAACUAUGCAAAUUAACGUGUCCAAAAUGAGAAUUCUCUCAUAAGUAAUAAAUGUUUCAUGGUAUUUUCUUUUUAAAUAUUUCAUAAAAAAAACUGUUCUUAUGGAAAAAUCAUUACCAACACAAUUUUAUUUGUUCUUGGAAAAGCAUAAUAUUUGGUAUCAAAAUUUGAAAUCUGUUUCACACGACGAUAACAGAAUUUAAUAAUAAUUGUGUCAUUUAAAAACUUUUAGGAGCAAUUGUAUACCCACACAUUUAACACCGACACAGGUGCUAGUCAACGACGUCACAUUUGUCAAAAAAAUGAAUUCUGAAACUAACAGUUCCCGAUUCAAGCUUCCUAUACCCAUUUUUUUCGUAUUUAUUUGGAAAGUCCAAACAGGGGUCAACGCUAAUGUUAAAUCUCCAUAAGUGUUGACCCUACCUUUGCUAUUCUAGAACAACCUUUACCCAAAUUUGUUUCAUUCAUUUUGGAUAUUAGGUAUAAUCUAACAUCCCCAAGACAACACUACAUGUCAAAGUGAUAGGUUUUAUAAUGCAUUAGAUAGUAAACGUUUGGUGCAGCAUUUACAAAUUCUAUCCCGAGAUAAAUUGAAGUUGCUAAGCAUGAUUUGAUUGUAUAAUGUUACGUUUUGUGCAGAAUUGUUUUUGUUUUUAACAAAAAAUCUCAGAUGAAUAAAUUUUCAUUAACUUUUUGCACUUAAAUGUGUUGCCUGUUUUUUUUAACUCAAUUAUAUGACAUAACCAUGAUUUAUUUUAUUUGUAGCUAUGCAGUAUAAACCAGAACUGCUUGCACUUUCCUGCAUAAACCUCUUUGUGGGCUGUGUUUUUGGUAAUAUACUAGUACUGUUUAACCCAUUCACCCCUAAAGUCAUGUUUGAACCUUACCAAAUCAAAG